AUGCGUUCUUUCUGCCAGUUGGCCGUUCUGGCCCUGCCAUUGAUGAGCACUGCCGUUGGUGCUGCACCAAACAAACAAGCCGACCACCCUAAGACCAUCUACGCAAGCGCACACGAAGCGUUCCAGGACUUGUUGAACGCGCUGCCGGAGGAAUCUCUGCAAGCUGCAUUGAGCGGACUCAAGGACUUCAAGAAUGGCGUCUUUGAAUCGCAUCACCGGGGCGUCGAACACAUCCACAACGAAGACCCGGCGCUGGCUACCAAGCUUAUCGUGGACGCUGUCAACGACUUGAAGAAGAGACAGGCGCCUUCGGGCAACGGCACCACCACCGUCAUUGAGUCUGCGGCGCCUGCGCCACAGUCAAGUGAGGCACCACCGCCAGCUGCAUCCACCGUCACGAACGUGCAGACACAACAGCAAGAGACGACGGUUACGCAGGUACAGACGCAAGACGGCACCACAGUCACACAGGUGGAGACACAGACACAGCAGCAGUCGCAACCCCCAGUGACCAACGACGCAACAACAACAGCAAACCCCCCUCCGGCCGCAACCGUCACCAACACGCAGCAACAAACCAUAACCCAAGACGGCACAACCAUUGUCCAAACCGCCACCCAGGUGCAAACCACGACGACCCAGCAGCGCCCCGCCAUCAUCACCGUCGAAGCCACCGAAACCCAAGACGGCAAAACCAUUGUCCGCACCACACAAGUCCUCUCCGAAGUCACCGCCUCCGUCCCCGUAACCCGCACCCUGACCAACGUCGCCGGCGGCUCCACCGUCGUCCGCACAGAAACCCAGAACCGCCCCGCCGUCAUCCGCACCACGACCGAUUCUGCAGGCCGCACCACCGUCACCACAUCAGCCGCAAACUACGCGCCCACGGCCGGCGAGGUGCAAACCGAGACGGACGAGCAAGGGUCCACCUUCUUGACUACGUAUACACCCGGUGGCGGCUUGGUCAGCUCCAUCAAGCUCAUUACCACGACGGAUGCAGAGGGCCGCCCUAGUACCAUGACGAGUUAUACCUUUGUCGAUCCCAUUCAGGCCACUGCGACGGCCGGUGGUAAUGGAGGCGAUGCGACGGAGAGUCCGACGGUGCAGAGUGGUGCUGCGGUUAAGAAUGGGGCUGUGGGCUUUGUUGCUGGCUUGGGAGCACUUGCUUUCUUGUUCUAG